AUGAGCUGGAGCUUCCUCACGCGGCUGCUGGAGGAGAUCCACAACCACUCCACCUUCGUGGGGAAGCUGUGGCUCACCGUGCUCAUCGUCUUCCGCAUCGUUCUCACUGCCGUUGGGGGAGAGUCCAUCUACUACGACGAACAGAGCAAGUUUGUGUGCAACUCGGGCCAGCCAGGCUGCGAGAAUGUCUGCUACGAUGCCUUCGCCCCUCUAUCUCAUGUCCGCUUCUGGGUCUUCCAGAUUAUUUUGGUGGCGAUGCCUUCUCUCAUGUACAUGGGCUAUGCUGUCAACAAGAUUGCACGAUUAGAUGAAGCCAAAGGAGGAGGUGGUUCUGCUGCAGUCAGAACGGGUGGAGGGGGCUACACGCACAGGAAGCCCAGGAAAAUCUGCUUUGGAGCUCGGCAACACCGAGGCAUUGAGGAGGCCGAGGAGGACCAGGAGGAUGAUCCCAUGAUCUAUGAGGUGCCAGAGAUCGAGCCCCCAAAAAGGCCGCGGGACCCACUGCAACCCACACCAAGGCCCAAAGUCCGGCAUGAUGGGCGCAAGCGUAUCCAAGAUGAGGGGCUGAUGCGGGUCUAUGUUUUGCAGCUGGUGACUCGUACAGUGCUAGAAGCAGGUUUCCUUGCAGGCCAAUAUUUGCUGUAUGGGUUUCGUGUGACGCCUGUGUUCGUAUGCUCGGGGAAGCCUUGUCCCCACAGCGUUGACUGUUUUGUGUCGCGGCCUACAGAGAAGACCAUCUUCCUGCGCAUCAUGUAUGGUGUUACUGUACUUUGCCUCACGCUCAAUGUUUGGGAGAUGCUCCAUUUGGGGAUUGGUUCCAUUUGUGACAUUCUUCGCCGCAGGCGCUGCCCACCUCAGGAGGAUGAGUACCAGUUGGGUUUGCUGGGAUCCAAUGUUGGUGUGGAGACUUCAGUAGGGGGGACGGGGCCUGAGGCAGGUUCUGAGGGAGGGGUGGGUGGAGAUGGGGCUGCCGAUUACGUAGGUUACCCCUUCUCGUGGAACACCCCAUCAGCUCCACCUGGCUACAACAUUGUGGUAAAGCCAGAGCAGAUGCCCUACACAGACCUUAGCAAUGCUAAGAUGGCAUGCAAGCAGAACCGAGCCAACAUUGCCCAAGAGGAGCAGCAGCAAUUUGGUAGCAAUGAGGAUAACUUUCCCACUGGAGGGGAGGCCCGCGUGGCUUUGAACAAAGACAUGAUCCAGCAAGCUCAUGAGCAACUAGAAGCGGCCAUCCAGGCCUAUAGUCAGCAGCAUCGGGCAGAGGAGCAGCUUGGGGACAACCAGGAUGACAAGCCUCAAAGUAACAUCAUCCAGGCCCAACCUCAGCCACAGCCGCAGCCUCAGAAAGAGCGCAAGCACAGAUUCAAGCACGGGAAAGGAGGCAGCAGUGGAGGAGGUAGCAGCAGCAACAGCAGCAGCAGCAAAUCAGGAGAGGGCAAGCCCUCUGUAUGGAUUUAACCCCAGAUACAGUGACAUGUUUUGAAACCAUGUAUAUAUUAGAGAUUGGUUGACAAGUAGUUGCAAUCUUCCUUGGAUAUUUAAACACCACUGUGCCUUAAAGAAUCCUGCAAGCUGAAGAAGAUGUGCGUUUGUGUUAUAGAGUGUGUAAAAAAAGGUGAUGUUGCAGCUGACAAUUUGUGUUGUCUGGGCUAUCACUGUCUAACUUGAAACAUCACACCAAUACAAACUGUGUAUGCUACAGUCUGUCGUUUACAUGUCUUGUUCUCCUCAACUUCUGAAGCAGAUUAUUGACCUCUGUUGUCUCCCCGUUCAUCCUUUCUUUGGGAUUUAAACUUUGGAAAAUUACUGAAUGAUAAUGAGUUCUAUUGCAAAUCAGAUUGAUCACAGAUUUGGCUUAGCUCAUUUUCUGGCUGCUUCUCUGACAAAGACACCAUCUCCAAUAAUAGAUUGGCAUCCUAAUUCUUGGGACAUCAAAAUACAAUGACAUCAAAAUAAAGUAUCAUCAUAAUACAAAGGCACAGGGAUACCAUGCCAUCACUUUUACCUGGUAAGGCUAAAGAAAUGACUUUGUGCUGUAAUGACAUUAUCAAGGAACAUCACAACAACAUAAAUACAAUAAUAUGAAACAUAAUUCAGCGGCAGCACCUAAAGCAGUGGCUCUACUAUUAUAGUAAGAACAUCACCUUCCUGAAGGCCGUGUCCUGUCAUGUUCUGUCUGCUUUCUCUCCAGUGUCGAUCAGUGUUACGUUGCUGUGACUUUGCAUUUGACAGUAUUUUGUAUAUGUUUCCUGUGGUUUGUUUAGUUUAGUUUUUUUUAUAACUGUACUACACCAGCUGCUGCUCAGAAACCGUGGAGUACAGUGUCAUUUUUUAUUCAGUUUAAAUCUGAAAUUUCCUUAGAAAAAGAUUUUCAUUUUAAGAAGGUGCAUAAGCAAUCCAGUUUUUCUACCUUCAGCUUCUCAGUUUCUAUCUCUGGCUCCUCAUGGCUAUUGAACAAGGCUGCUCAGCACUCCACUGGUGAUCCAUAUGCCUUGUAGUUUACUGCCCCCUGGUGGUAUUGUCUACAGGACAUCCAUUAUUUGGGAGUAGAUACCAGUUGCCAAUGCUACCUGCAUCCAGCAACACCUUAACCAGGUGUAGUGUUCCUUUUCUAUUGACAAGCCUUGCGUCAGUUAUGUCUUCCCAACACUACACAUUCAGUGUUAGAUAUACAAGGCUGCAAUUUCACCACGUUGUAAUGGAAAAGGUUUCAAGCCAUUACUAUAAUAUAGUGAGACCAAACACUGUCUGUGUGAUGCAAGUGUCAGUGCCAAGAUUUGAUGCUGGGCUGCUUUGAAGCCUGGUUGUUUGUAGCUUUGGAAUACUGUGGCCAUGCUACUCCAGUUGUGGAAAAAUGCCUACAUAACACUAACCUUUUUGUAAAAGCCACUUGUUUUUUAUGUUCAAGUUAGUGUUUUAUAUGAAAACACUCUUUUUUUCAAUGCCGUUUUUGUAAAAUAAAGAAAAACAACGCAACUUCUUUUAAAAAUGAAUUAGUUAUGGACAUGUAUGGUUAUUGUGUUAUAAAUUGCCUUCCAAUUGUAAAAAUGUGAAAUAUUACAUAGUAUAUUUUUCUAAUAUGUCGGCUACAGUGACUUAAUGAUGUAAAGAAAAAAA